AUGUAUACUUCUCUUCUGCCUCUUCUCGCCGCUUUGGCGGCCGCCUCUCCGGCAAACCUUCAGAUGAGCCUGAAGCAUUCGCUUCAUAUGGUCCCUCAGGGCUGGGAAGUCCACUCUGAUGCUCCCGCCGAUCAAAAGCUCAACCUGCACAUCGGUCUCAAGGAGCAGAACCUGGACCAGCUCCAGAAGCGCCUUUUGGAAAUGAGCACACCUGACCACGCCGACUACGGCAAGCACAUGUCCAAGGACGAGAUUAAUGCUUUGGCGGCUCCUACCAAGGAGACGCUCACAUCCGUUUCUUCGUGGCUGUCUUCCCACGGCAUCGACGCUGGCGAGGUCUCCAACGGCCUGAUGCCCAUCACUGUCACCAUCGCUCAGGCGGAGAAGCUGCUGGGCACAAAGUACCAGGUCUACCACCACGCUGCCGACGACAAGUACACCAUCCGUACGACCCAGUACAGUCUCCCCCAGACUGUCCACUCUGAUGUCACCAUGAUCCAGCCUACCACCAUGUUCAGCGACAUGGGCAUGAUCAACCGGCAGCUCACCGCUUCCAAGACUGCUAUCAGCAAAGUCUCCGCGUCUACCAAGUCUAGAAGAGCUGGUUGCGGCAGCAGCGUCACCCCGUCCUGCCUCCAAAGCUUGUACAACAUCAACUACACGCCCAGCAGCAGCGCAUCGCUUCUCGGUGUCUGCGGCUACCUCGGUGAGGUGGCCAGUCAGGAUGACCUGAGUAGCUUUCUCCAGGAGUACAGCAUCAAAAACGCCGGUACCCUUUCGGUAGAGCUUGUCAACAAUGGUACCAACGAUGGUGCUGGCACCACCGAAGCUGGUCUUGAUAUUGAGUACACUGUUGGCUUGAGUGCGGGCAUCAACAAUGUGUUCUACUCUACUGGUGGCAGCCCCCCGUGGACGCCGGACUCUGGCAGCGACCCCAACAAGAAUACUAACGAACCCUACCUUGACUGGCUCAACUAUAUGCUCGACAAGACGGACCUUCCUCAGACCAUCACUUCUUCCUACGGUGAUGAUGAGCAGACUGUCCCCAAGGACUAUGCUGACAAAGUCUGCAACCUGUUCAUGAAGUUGGGUGCCCGUGGUGUCAGCUUCAUGGCCAGCUCUGGUGACGGCGGUGUUUCUGGCGGCCAGCCGACCAAUUGCCUGGCCAACGAUGGAUCUGGCAAAACGAAGUUCCUUCCCACUUUCCCUGCCAGUUGCCCUUGGGUCACCGCUGUUGGCGGAACUACGGGUACUCCUGAGAAAGCCGCUGGUCUCUCCUCGGGGGGGUUUUCCGAGUACUACGACGUUCCUGACUAUCAGUCUUCUUCAACGUCGACGUAUCUCUCCGGCCUUGGCGACAAGUACGCCGGUUUAUACAACCCCAAGGGACGUGGUAUUCCUGAUGUUGCUGCCCAGGCGAUCAACUUCCGAACUGUCAUCGCCGGCAACGACCAGAAAGUCAGCGGCACUAGUGCAGCUUCUCCCACUUUCGCGGCUGUUAUUGCUCUGCUCAAUGACUACCGCGUGUCGCAGGGCAAGUCUCCUCUGGGCUUCCUGAACCCAUGGCUAUACAGCAAUGCCACGUCCGGCCUCAACGACAUCACGUCUGGUUCCAACCCUGGCUGCAAAACCGACGGUUUCUCUGCUGCUACUGGCUGGGACCCUGUCACUGGUCUGGGUACACCUGACCUGGGCAAGCUCCAGAAGAUUGCGUAA